UUAAAAACAAUGGAUAUCUACUCACGAAGUUGUACUGGUUGUCUCGUCUCUUUUCAUGCAUGGGCCCAUUACAGUUGGAUGAUGAUACAAUCAAUCAUCAUCCAUCAGAGCUCAUGAUGUUUCUUCAUUGUUCUGUACCCUUGGGCCGCCCCUGAAUAAAGAUAAUCCCUGAAAAGUGAACUUUCCUCUUAUCAAAAUGAACAAAUCCAAUACUGUAUAAGCUAUAUCCAUUAACAAACAAUCGUGUGCUUUUAUGAGCCUUAAACAUUUUGUUUUUCCAGCGAACACAGUGGACUUACCUUAGACCAAUGGUUGAAGUUGAAGUAAACGAUGAAAAUACCUAUCCUCUGCUCGCUGAUGUUGCGUCAUCUUCAUCCUCCGAUUCUCACGAUUCCCUCGAGAGAACAGAAAGUUUUGAGGCUUUUGACAUUAAUUGUGUCUGGAAAUGUGAAGGGACUGUUUGGACAGCAAUUGCCCAUAUAAUCACAGGGGUGAUAGGUUCGGGUGUGCUUUCACUGGCAUGGAGUGUGGCUCAGCUGGGCUGGGUCGCGGGCCCGCUUUGUAUGGUGCUGUUUGGAGUAAUUACAAUUAUUUCUUCUAAUCUUCUCUGCGAUUGUUACCGAUAUCCCCACCCUGAAGCCGGCCACAUCAGAAAUCGGUCCUAUGCCGAAGCUGUUAGAUCUUAUUUAGGAAAGAAGAGUAUGUGGGUGGCUGAAUUUUUUGUUCAAGAAAGCUACUAUGGUUAUAGUAUUGCUUAUACAAUAACAUCUGCCAUUAGUAUGAGGGCAAUUCUAAAAUCGAAUUGUUAUCACGAGCAAGGGCACGAUGCUCCGUGUGAAUACGGAGGCAGUUUUUUCAUGUUAUUGUUCGGGGCAGUUCAGGUUGUAUUCUCUCAGAUACCAGACCUACACAACUUGCAGUGGCUCUCUAUAAUUGCAGCCAUUAUGUCCUUUGCGUACACUUUCAUUGGGCUGGCUCUUGGCUUUGCCAAAGUAUUAGAGAAUGGCGAGGUCAGGGGUGAUUUUGGCGGAGUAUCUACAGCCACUGCCGCUCAGAAAAUAUGGCUCUCGUCUCAAGCAGUGGGAGACAUUGCUUUUGCUUUCACCUACAACAUAAUUCUUUUGGAUAUUCAGGCACCACCGGCCGAGAACAAGACAAUGAAGAAGGCAUCGACUAUCGCUAUACUUAUCACAAGCUUCUUCUUUAUCUGUUGUGGGUCUUUUGGGUAUGCAGCUUUUGGUAACCAAGCACCGGGCAAUCUGUUGACGGGUUUCGGAUUUUACGAGCCCUAUUGGCUUGUCGACUUUGCUAAUGCAUGUAUCAUUCUUCACCUUGUGGGGGGAUAUCAGAUAUACAGCCAGCCACUUUUUGCAGUAGCCGAGAGAAGGAUCAAAGAAAAAAAUCCGAACAGUGGAUUUUUGAACAACGAGUAUGAAGUGAAGCUCCCAAUGCUGCCACGUUUCAAGUUAAGCAUUUUCCGGCUAUGCUUUAGGACUGCUUAUGUGGCGUCGACAACUGGGCUCGCCAUACUUUUUCCGUAUUUCAACGAAGUCUUGGGAGUUUUGGGAGCAUUGAAUUUUUGGCCUCUGGCGAUUUAUUUCCCCGUGCAAAUGUAUUUUGUGCAGAACAAAGUGAGAGCUUGGACGGGCAUUUGGAUAGUCCUUCAAGCUCUACGAAUAUUCGGCUUGGUGUGCACGGUUUUGGCUUUUAUUGGGUCGGUUGAAGGCCUUAUAAGCAACAAAAUGAGCUAAGGAAGUGUGUGAGUCUGCUGUUGAUUGCUGGACGAUUUUCGUGUACGAUUUUGAUUGAAUAAAACAAUAGUUUCGUGCUUUCGGUUCGUGUAAUAUAUUCAUACACAUGAAUAGUUGCCAUUAGAGAAAAAAACUACAUGGAAUAGAAUAAUCUGUGGGAGGAGCCUCUUGGAUUUUUGGUUCUCACAAGAUAUUUUUCCUGGUGUAAGAUGUCAGCUUAUCUAUUUUNUGGAACAUUUUUGUCUGUACAUUU